AAUAAUAAAGAUGUACAGAAGCCACGAAGACCACUUCCAAUGCCCGGUUCGCCUCCUGCUCAGCGGCCCAAUACCCCAGUUCCAACAAGUUCGCCGAUACCGCCUGCCAGGUUCUACGGCUCCAAUCCGCCACCAUUGCCCCAUAGACUCCGCGGCGUAGGGUCGAAUCGCACCUCAUUUCAAACCAUUGAAGAGCCUCCAACCUAUUCGGCCACCUCUGGUCCUAGCGCACCGGAAUAUCGCGAGCCAGAGUCACGUCUAGUGACCGAAGACAUCAUGAUUGACGAUGGCCACCCUACCGUUACGCAAAGGGCCUCUCCGACCUGGUCUGGUUCGGCAUGGGAUCCAGCACUGACAGACCCUGAGGGCUUCAAGUCGUGGGAAGGCACCUGGGGCAAUAGUGACGCUGCCUGGCAAAACAACAUGUUGGCUACGGGCGAUAGAACUAGCUCGUCGGUGCCAGUUGGGAACAGAGAUGAUGUAGAAGAGUUGUGUUGGUGGGACAGAGAGGCUAAGAAGCGGCCUGGUCGAGGAUUUCUUCCGCCAGUAUUGGAGACUUAUCUGCACAACACUGAACAUUCCCUACUUUCCGUUGCUGCAUCCGCGCCGGAUAUCACUCCUAAUAUCCCUCCUCCCGCUGAACGGGAUCCUGCGCAGGCAUCUUCGUCAUCUCAGCGGUCAGCCCCUCAGAGGUCCUCUCACAUGCCGCCUACGGAAGAAGAAGUUCGAAGAGCCAUCCCCCAUCCUAAUGCAUACUUCUGUCCAAAGGACAACGGCUGGAUGCUGCUCAGUUGGAAGUCAUCGUCUGUACCUCCGCCUUUGUCGCGUAGUGGCCGAAAAGAGCACACGCUUCCUGACCAAAGUUUCAGACAAAAGAAUUCCAACUGCCUUUCCCCAGACGAUAACAUCUUUGGUGCCGCCAAUAAGACUCACCACUUCCAUCGAUAUCAAAAUGCGGUUGAUUCUAGUCAGCUCACACCUGCCUACCGUGGGUUGGAUGGAAUAGACGGGCUGAAGCAAAAACGGCGUGCCGGGACGAUCAUACAAGGAGAGCUCCAACUAGCGAAGAUGCAAGAUGAUGAGAAGAUGGACCAGGAUUUGGACGAGACCGGCAUCCCCCUCGAUCUCUAUGUCUGUUGCCAAUGCUCCUUUUACUGCGUUGCUUCCAAGAUCAUACCCGCGGUAAUAUCACGAACCUUGUGGUACCAUUUCAUCGACGACAGAUGGUCGAAUCCUCUUCUAGGGAAAACAAAAGAACACAGUGUCGCUACCGCAGUAGAGACAACUCUCAUAGCUCUAGAGAACAAGCUAUGGAGAUUGGAUAAUCGUAGUUUGCGCGCCAGUGGCUCAAGUUUCCGAACGAAAAUCGGAAAUAACGACAACGUGAAACAAAUCUUUGAGUCCCUUGGGUUCGCGUGGGAUGAACAACCAAAUGAUGUGUUUCUUCAAUCGCCUUCCCUGGAUUCUUCUCCUAGAGGACGAUUGGCUCGCGCUAAGCUACUGCGAGGUUGGGUCGAGAUUGGGGCUUGGUUGGCUGAUUUCAAACGCGUCCAUCCGAAUGCUUUCAAGGAAUACACUCCGAUCAAUCCCCUAUCGGUGAAGGUUAAUAGUGCCAGAGAGAUGUAUCAAAAUGCCAUCGGUUCUCAUCCUGAUCAAAUACCCCGUAACGAGUUGCCCGAAACUAUCCAGAUGACCCUGAAUAGUUUGCCUAGCACGUUUUGGCCCGACUUGGGGCUAACACGAACGACGGCCUCCACCGAGCUAAUCGAGUUUGCGUACUUGGCGCAAUGCCGUUGUGACCCAAUUCAUACUCUGCAAUAUUUCACGCAUUUGUCCGAUGCUGUCAGCGAAAUGCAGAACUUCCAACUUUGCCCGCAACCACUCGAGGAACUGCUUGCCGUUGAACGGUCUCGUGGAAGGAUCACUCAAAGGGACAUAGACGACAGUGUGGAAGUUCUCGGUUUCGGCUCCGAGAACAUUUUGCGGGUGGAAUACUCUGAAAAUGAUAUUGAUGAUCAGUUCAUCGAGAAUGCCUGGAAGGCGCGCGUUAAGGAGUCAUUCCGAAUGCCGACUGGGGGCAGCGAUUUUCAAAGAGAGGCCACCGAUGCUCUGAAAGUUCUUGCCGAAGCGAGAGGGAGCGUGUAUCUUCGGGGGUGUUGGGAGGCUUCGAAAGACAGUCUGAUGACUCCUGAUCGCGCCUAUCUGACUCUGGAGAUCCCUCAGGACGUGGAUGAUUCGAUGUUGAUCACUGUCUUCAAUAUGCGGCUCGAAGAGCAGCCUUCGCAGCUGGACAAGAUGCGUGAAGCGCUGUUGGUUAUCGCCGAGUCUCGAGAUAGCGAGCGGCUGCGCAAGUUCAUGGAGUUGGGAUCUGAUCCCGGCGAGAUUACGGCGCCUACUCGUCCUGACUGGCCAAGGGGUCUCAAUCAGCUAGGCAACACAUGCUAUCUGAACUCAUUAUUGCAGUAUUUCUAUACUAUUAAGGAUCUUAGAGAUGCAGUCUCAGCAGGGAAGAAGGGACUGGAUGAUGAUGAAAAACUAAGCGACGACGACCUGAAACGACAUAGGGUUGGUGGACGCUUGGUGACGCGUCGUGAAAUCGUGAGGUCAAAGAAAUUUGUCAGUCAAUUAGCCGACCUAUUCUGGAAUAUGGAGUAUGCCGACAACCCAGCUGUGACUCCUACCAUCGAGUUAGCCAAACUUGCUCUGGUGACGUCCAGGGAUGAGGAGGAGGAUGAAGUAGAUAAAGGUGGGACGGAUUCUUCCAAUGAUACAGAUGCCACCUUGGUCGAUGAUGGACCUGUUCGGUAUCCUACUGAACCCCCAUCGUCGCCCAAGUCUCCCUCACGCUCUCCCGGCUCCAUUUUAGGAAAGCGCGCCCGCGAUAUUCCUCGACAGCCCAGCGAAAUGGAAGUUGAUACCCCAUCAUACUCCCCAAAAGAGGGCCACUCCUCAGAGCCUUCGCCUAGAUCGUCCGAUGAUGAUAGUCCUCCACCUUUGAUACCCCUGAAUUAUCCAGAAGCUUCAACGUCAGGUUCCAAAGAUGAGGAUGUUGAGAUGCAAGCUGUCUCUAGUUCAAACAAUCCUCCUCCGCUUCCUCCUCGGAAACCGAUCGACUCACCCAGUUCCGAGAUGAUGUUCGGAAAACAGCAUGACGUCGCGGAGUGUAUGGACAACUGCAUGUUCCAGAUUGAAACUGCUUUGUUGAAGUUUGAUUCCAUGAUCGGGUCCCAGAGCGACGAAGACAAGACUAGUGUCGUCAAACGGUUGUUUUAUGGCAAAAUUCGUCAGAAUGUUGUUACAGUUGAUCAAACGCACGAGAAAGAGGAUUUGUUCUCGCAUCUCCCUGUCAACGUCGCAGACGAGGGCUUUGACAUCUACGAUGGUCUUGGCCGGUACUUUUACGAUGUUGUUGAUUACAAGAGUCAGAAAGUCCCGAUGCAGCUGUCUCUUGUAUCGCUACCACCACUGCUUCACAUCCAGCUCCAGAGGGUUCAAUUCGACCGAGAAUUGUGUCAGUCCUGGAAGUCUCAAGCUUAUGUGAAGUUUGGAGAAACCUUGUACAUGGACCGAUUCAUGGACGACGUGAAUCCGCAGAAAAAGGCUCAGUCACGUAUUAUAGAAGAUGAGCUCAACAUCUGUCGAGAGCGUCUACGAAUAUUACUUCAAGGCAAAAAUGGUGCCUUUGCUACUGCUAUGGACAACACCCGUGAUUUCCUUUCCAAGCAGGAUAGUGUCUCUCUUCCAGACGUCGAUGAUGAGAUGAUCACAAUGCUUAAUGAAGAGGAAGCCCACCUGAAAGCCGAAAUCGAUGGCCUUCAGGCGCGCAUCCAGAUCCUUAAAGCGGAUCUCGAGGCGAUUUGGCAGGAUGAAACUGAGGUGGCAUACGAGCUUACGUCGGUGUUCAUCCACCGGGGGUCGACGCCGACCUUUGGGCAUUAUUUCUUCUAUUCACGACAUCUUCCUGAUAGUCCGGAUGAGUGGUUCAGAUACAACGAUUCGGACGUGUCGGUUAUACCUAAGGAAGAAGUUUUGGCGGACACGACUGGCUCCACCGCUAAUCCUUACCUGCUGGUUUAUACCCGAAAGGGCAGCGAGGUGGUUGAUACCGUCAAGCGAUUUGACCCUUCGAGCUUGAUUGAA